AUGCCGCGCUGCUUGCCCCGCCCCUCCAGGCUCUUCCGGGGCAGGCGGGGGAGGGGAAGAUGCUUAUGCGGGCGGUGGGACAGCGCGGGGGUCUGCUGCUGCGAUCACAUCCCGGUUCCCCAGGCAAGUGCUUUUCCCCGCUCCCUCGAACCGUGGCUCCGUCGUCCCUCUCCCCGGCAGGGCAGCCCUAAGGGCGUCCGGGAGGUGUCAGCCCCGUUCCCGUGCCCCGUGGGCGCUGGGCCGGUCCCUCAUUGCCUGUUUCUCGUAGGCAGAGCCUGUCUGAGCCGCACUGAGCUGAAGGCCCGCGAUGAACGCAGCGGGGAGAAGGAGGUGGGGGUGUCCUACCAACUGUACCCCGGACACAUCCCCACCAGCUCGCUGCAGAAGGCUCUGCUUGCCGCCGGCUCGGCGGUCAUGGCUCUUUAUGACCCCUAUAGACAUGACAUGGUGGCAGUCCUUGGGGAGACCACAGGCUGCCUUGCCCUGCCCAGACUGCGAGACAAGAUGAAACACCACCCAGAAGGCUACCGUAUUCUCCAGGAACGGCCUCGCAUCCGUCUCUCUACCCUGGACAUGGCCAGGCUGCAGAAGCUGCCAGCCGGCUCCCUGGGCCGAGAGUACGCCCGGUUCUUGGAGCAUAAUAAGGUUUCUCCGGACACCCGGAUGCUACCUAAGUUUGUUGAUGAUGAGGAGCUGGCAUAUGUGAUCCAGCGGUACCGUGAAGUCCACGACUUGAUGCAUACCCUGCUGGGUAUGCCAACCAAUAUGCUAGGUGAGGUUGUGGUGAAGUGGUUUGAAGCUGUCCAGACAGGGCUACCCAUGUGUGUCCUGGGAGCAGCAUUUGGCCCUGUCCAUCUCAGUGCACGAAAGUUGCAGGUCCUGGCCACCCAGCUGGUUCCCUGGGCAAUUCACAGUGGGCGCAAUGCCAGCUGCAUCCUGAAUGUCUACUACGAGCAGCGCUGGGAACAGCCAGUGGAGUCCCUGCAGGAGGAGAUCGGCAUCUUGCCUCCCCCAGAUGUUCGAGUAUGAGAGCUCAAACAUGGGGAGGGGACAGGGAAUCCCCCUUGGCAGACAGCAGCCAUCCCUUGGCACACUCCAUCUCCUCCUGCCUGGCAGUGCAGCAUGGUUCAGCUACCAUCUGUCUGAGGAAUGAGUGUUCUUCUGCCAUGAGCUGACACCUUCUUGGUGGUAGAGGCUAAGUGGCACCUCCCUGUGCCAUGACAAAACUUGACCCAUUUUGCUGCUUCUAAUUCAGUAGAAGGAUGACAAGUCUCAGUGUGCCUUUGCCAGCUGGGUCUGGCUGCUUAGUUCCCCCUGUCAGCAGGGCUUCCACACUGAUGCCCUGAAAUGUUGGGAUGGGGAAAGAGCGGAGUUGGUUUACAACUCACAGUGGCAAACUUCUGCAGUUCUAGGGCUGUGUAGGUAAAUCCUCCCUCCUAGGCUCCCCAGUAAGAUCGAGGCUUAAAGCCUGGAGGCUGCCCUGGACUGGAGCUAAACCAGCAUUUACAGAGAAGCCCAUGAGAAGGUUUGGUGUGUGCAACAGUGAAAUCCCAUCUUGUACUGGUGCCUGACUGAUCUUGUGAUGGAUGUGCCUCACACCUUUGAGACCAGGCAGUGUGCAAUUGCAUGCUCAUGGAAGCAGGCAGGGGAAAACCUUUAGGUAUUAUCCCUGCUGGACUGACUGUUUGUGAACUAUUUCCAGUCUGCUGUGUCUCCCUGUAAUCCUUCCCCAUGAAAACUGCUCAAACCUGUAUGAUUGUUUUGGGUUUUCAAUAGGAACCAUCCCCUCCUUGGGCAGUAAAACUACUGAAUCAGGAAUAAGGAGCUGAAUCCUGUGAACACAGGAAGGGUGUCUGCUUGCACUGUGUUUUGGAGCUGAUUCCUGUCUUGAGUUAAUUACACAAGGCUCCAGACAACCAGCAGCUGCCAAAUGCAAGGGCAGUGAGCCACGGGGCCAGAGGCUCUUUGUGCAUGUGGGUUGACUGUUGAAAUUCCUUCUUGUUUAAUAAAAGUAGAGCUCAUGGUUUGU